AUGCGGACGUUCGACUGUAUCGAAAGGCCGCUAUCUCGACUGUUCUAUCGGUACGGCCAAUACGUUGCGCAACAUCCGCUACCAUUCAUUGCUAUCCCAGUUCUAAUUACUGCGCUCUGUUCAAUUAGCCUCCUUCACAUUCAUCCCGUUACUGAUCCUGUUUAUCUUUUCACUCCCCGAAAUGCUCCGAGUAAAUACGAACGACAAAUUAUUCAUAAUCUUUGGCCUUUGUAUUAUAAUAAUUAUAUUCCUGGCCGAGCAGUAACACAGUCCCGAGAAGUACAGGUAAUAGUGGUAAGCCGAGAUGGCGGUAAUAUUCUGGAACGACCAUAUUCUGAAGCAGUGCGACGUUUGGAUUUUUUUAUUCAGAAUCGUGUCAGAUUAUAUUAUAUGGGCAAAACAUACAGGUAUCAUGAUUUAUGUCUAAAAUGGCGUAAUGAAGGAUGUCCGGGAAAUAAGCAUAUCCACAUUGUCAGUGAUCUUUAUCAACAUGGCAUCAAUGUCACGUAUCCAACUGUGCGAUUUGGCUCUGCAAGUGGUUAUAUUGGCGGUGCACUUGGCGGGGUAUCACUUUUCCGUGAAGCUAACGGUACUACUUCAUUAGCUGGUGGUCUUGCUUGGUUCAUGAUAUAUCAUCUGAAGUUCUUCCCGCGUAAUGUUAGUUACAUCUCUGGAUUGUGGGAGAAGAAAUUACAAGAAGCACUGGACAAUUAUCCAUUUGACCCUUCCAUUACUUUCACUUACUUGCAUUCACAAACAUUAACGGAAGAGUUGAAACGUAAUGCAAAUUCAUUGAUUCCACGAUUCGUGAUAGCAUUUUCUAUUCUCGUUUUCUUCUCUCUUCUGUGUUCCUUAAUGUUUAUCGAUGGAACGCUCUAUGUAGAUUGGGUCCUUUCUAAGCCGGUAUUAUCACUGCUUGGCGUUAUCAAUGCUGGAAUGGGCAUCGUUACCGGUAUUGGAAUCACUAAUUUCUGCGGCGUGCCAUAUAGUGAUAUCGUUGGUGUGAUGCCAUUUCUUCUAGUGGCUGUAGGUACUGAUAAUAUGUUCUUGAUGGUAGCAGCUGUUCGACACACUAAUCGGGCCUUUCCGGUGCAAAAACGGAUUGGAGAAUCUAUGAGUGAUGCAGCUAUAUCGAUUCUGAUAACCUCACUCACCGAUGCCUUUUCCUUUGGCGUUGGUGCAAUUACUAGCAUUCCAGCAGUACAAAUUUUCUGCAUUUACACUGGUGUUGCAAUAACAGUUACAUUUAUUUAUCAAAUAUCCUUCUUUUGUGCACUGCUGUCGUUGGCUACAGAAUGGGAAGCAGCAGGACUUCAUUGUGUUUGGCUUCAACCAACCGUACCAGAUACAUUUAUUAAAUCAACACCAUUUAAAUAUCGAUUGUUUUGGAUGGGUUCUAGAGCAGAUCAGGAUCCAAAAAAUCUGGAGAGAAAUCUGAAAGAUACAACUACAAAAACGUUCUUCAAGGAAUGGUUUGCCCCAGUAUUAAUGAAUCCGGUAGUGAAGAUCCUUGUUGUCAUGUGGUUUUUCAUUUAUAUUUGUCUAUCUAUGUACGGCUGCCUUCACUUACGAGAGGGCCUUGAACCAAUUAAUCUAUUAGUGCAAGAUUCGUAUGCCAUACCGCAUUAUCGUUAUUUGGAAAAGUACUUCUGGAAUUAUGGUGCUCCUCUUCAGAUUGUGGUAAACAAUGCGCCUGAUCUGAGAGACAGAAGUGAAAGGAGGCGAGUGCAGUCCAUGGUACAUGCUUUUGCUAACACAAAAUAUUCGAUUGGUGACGAUAGCAUACAGUUCUGGCUGAAGGAAAUGGAAAUUUACUAUGAGAAGGAAUUGGAAAUGAACAUUGUUGAUUCAGAAAUAUACGGAAUGGCAGAACAUUUUUUUUCGGCAAAAGCUCAGGAUGUUUGGAAUGAAGAUGUCAUUUGGGAAAUCAAUAAACAGGGACUAUACAGCAUUCGAAGUUUUAGAUUCUUGGUGGGUAUGAAACACAUUUCGAAAACAUAUUAUCAAGAAGAGGCAACAAAAACAUUUCGAGAAGUGGCUGAACGUUAUUCAUCCUAUAAUGUCACCACAUUUUCACCGCUAUGGCUCUUCACUGACCAAUAUGCCAUUGUAAUUUCCAACACUAUACAAAAUAUUCUGAUAGCACUAGUGGUGAUGAUCAUAAUUGCGAUGCUCUUAAUACCGCAGCCGCUUUGCUCGGUCUGGGUAGCAUUCUCUAUCGCGUCCAUCGAUCUGGGCGUCAUUGGUUUCAUGACAUUAUGGGAUGUCAAUCUGGAUGCAAUAUCAAUGAUUACGAUAAUAAUGUCAAUUGGCUUUUCGGUUGAUUAUUCGGCACAUAUCACCUAUGGAUAUGUUAUCUCUGCUGAGUCUACCCCGGAGCAGCGAGUUAAAACAGCGCUUGGAGCGCUUGGAUGGCCUGUCACGCAGGGAGCGAUGUCAACAAUUCUGGCUGUUGUUGUUUUGGCUGAUAUACCGGCUUACAUGAUCGUUACUUUCUUCAAAACAGUGUCGUUGUCAAUUGUGCUUGGUCUUCUUCAUGGCCUCGUAUUUCUACCAGUGAUGCUUUCUUGGUUUGUUGGUGGUUCUUGCGUUCUUCCUUCCAUCGACGAUAAGGCUUGUUUCGUGUCUCACAUAAAUGUUGUAACGGGUCAAACAGAGUAUCACUCAUCUAUUUUUGGAAAUUCUAGAUUUAAUAGUUCCAGUCUUUUGGGAGAUGAUAAGACGGUGAAUGAAUCAGUAAAGAAUCAGUCAGGAGAACAGAAUUUGCAUAAUGCGUCAAUAACUGGGCAACCUGAAGAUAUUAGAGAAGUGACAGAGACUGUAGUGCAACCGUACGGUCCCUAUGGUAUUUAUUUAUCUCGAAAUAUUCCUACUCGACGAAGCUACCCUCGCCAGAUAAAGCCUAGUCCGGAUUGCAUAAGUCCAUUAGCAAAACCAUCUCGGAAGCUUACUGAAGCUAAUUCAAAUCCAUUUUAA